AUGGACUCUUACGCACUUGGCCAGAACAAGGCUGCAUUGGAGGAGUUCUGCCACAGACCUGUCGACAGACACAUGGUCCGAUAUCUGGCAAAGCAGGCUUCUCAUGUUAUCCGAUGUGAAGAGCCGCUGGAACCUUCCUCAAGCGAUAUGCCUCCUACACCACCCUCAACGCCUCCCACAACCCAGGCUGAAUUUCCGCAACCUCACUUACCUUCUCUCGAAGCAUUCAUCACCUCGAUUGUCAACAGAUCCUCAGUGCAGGUACCCACUCUGAUGACGUCCCUGGUCUACCUUGAUCGUCUCCGGUCUCGACUUCCACCGGUUGCCAAAGGCAUGCGAUGUACCGUCCACCGCAUCUUCCUUGCAUCUUUGAUCUUAGCCGCCAAGAACCUCAAUGACUCGAGCCCAAAGAACAAGCAUUGGGCCAGAUAUACCAGUGUGAAGGGCUAUGACGGGUUUGGUUUUAGCCUGGCAGAGGUCAACCUGAUGGAACGACAACUUCUCUAUCUCCUGGACUUUGACCUUCGCGUGACCGAGCAGGACCUUUUCCACCAUUUCGAGCCGUUCCUUGCUCCCAUUCGUUUAGAGCUCGAGCUGCAAUGUGAGGAAGAAGGACUCCUUGAUCUGCCCGUAGAAGAAGAAUAUCACCAUGCGUACGCCACCGAAAUCAAAUACACCCACAGCUUUGAUACUCGCCUUGCCCAGAACCUCCGGAGCAGACCGGCCCGCGAAAGCUCUCUUCCUCGUCGCCGUGCAAUCGGUGUCUAUGACUCCCCGCACUCUCUCAUCGACGACCAUGUUGAUGUUCGCGCUGGCCGCUACCCAACCACGAGCAACAGCACAACGUCCCUGCCGGUAACGACGUUAGGUCACAAGCGUCGUCCCUCGCCCUACCGUACACAUGCCAGCUCUUAUUCGCGGUCGAUAUCUCCUCCCUCAGAGCGCGAUAUUCCAGCGCUGUCUCGUACCCACACGGACGGCACCACUUAUACCGCAUCAUCAUCUCGCUCUUCAUCCCUUGCUCCGCCAUCCUCUCGCGGUACACCAGCUAGCCUCGUUUCCGGCAUCGACGACCAGGUUGCUCCUGCUUCCGGCAUCGUAGUCGUUGACGGCUCCUUCAGCCCCGGCAUGACGCAUGCAACAACUUAUGGGCGUGCAUUAGCAGCUGCCCAAGCCGCUGCGAGCGGCGUUGUAAGGCCAGGUAUGAAAGGGCACCAAAACAGCUUUCAGAGUGAAAGUCAGCAGCCCACGAAGAAAGCCAAAAUGAGUGCUGGCCCUGGGAGUGGGAUGGGAGGGGUGAUGGCCAGGUUCUUCAACACCGCUACGGGAGGCUAUGUGGCGCAGCGGGUUUGCAGAGGACAGCAGCAGCAGGUACCUGUGAUGGUAUGA